UGAAACACCACAUCCAGAGACCAGUGUGAGUGUGGCAGACGCCAAUUCAAUCCUCCAACUCCAACCACAGGGCAUCUCAAAGUCCUCAACUUGGUCUGCAGGGCUGCUUAUCAGCGGACGACUUCUAACAAACAUCAUUGUCUGGGUACGAGCCAAAGGACAAAAACUGUGAGGCGCUGCAGGAGGAGGAGGAGGUGGGGAGGUGGGGAGCACUUGUAUAAAGUCAAAGGGCUGCACAUGUGGGGCCACAUUCACAGAGACUCCGUUCUGACGCCUCUGCGCUGCUGCGUGAAUCUCUGAGGACGAUCAGUAACAACAUUUUGCGAAGGAGGGAUACACUAGAUGAUUAUUUUUCCACUGCUGGAUUAUACAUUUUCUUGAGCAAGAUUUUAUUUUAGAGCCUGGAAAAUGGAUAUGUACUAUUUUAUUUCCGUGUUAUCAGUGACGUACUCCUGGAUUUUGUGCACAGUACUAUCAGCGCCUGCUGCAGAGACGUCCACUGCCUCCACCGUCAUCCAGGGGCGCCAUGUACGGACCAAACGCUGCUCCUGCGCCACUUUCCUGGACAAGGAGUGCGUCUACUUCUGCCACUUGGACAUCAUCUGGGUGAACACACCUGAGCGCGUGGUCUCUUAUGGACUGGGCAACGCUCCCAGGACGAAGCGCGCGGUGGUGGAUUCCAUGGCAACCGGCAGCGGACCUCGCUGCCAGUGUCUCCGUGAAAACGACAACACAUGCAGAAACUUCUGCCGCCUGGAAAACCACCUCAGGUAUCCAUCGCUCGACACGGUGAUCCGCUCUGCCGAGGGCGAUGGUUGCGCUGAGACGCAGUGCAAACACAAGUUGGCAGCCGACACGGGCAGGAUUAAGAGGAUGAAGAACGGCAAAAAGAGGCAGGUGUCGCCCCUAGCGCUCAGGGCUGCUGUGAGAACCCGCCUGCUGCUCGAGAAGUGGAGGGUGAGACAGCGCCACAGGGCAAGGGCAUGGGAGGGCGAGAGCUCGGCCUCCUUAAAGACGACAGAUAACCUCCACACCUUGUAACACAGAGGGGGGAGAGGGCUUCACAACCAUGGGUCCUUCUCUAAAGCCAUCUGCAAGUGGGGAGCCCUGAGCAGCAGCAGCAGCGGCCACCCUUCAGGACGGCACUGGAGAGCCAACACAAGGCCGGCAAACUGACUCCAUGUUGACUUCAUGGCUGCAGUGACAUGAGGUGUCUGCAGCAGCAGAGCAGAGAGCAUUUACAACUCGACUUGGUUGCACUUCAUCAGACAGAUGAACGAGGUCAGAAACAAUACGGGGAUUUCAGGUGGAGAAGGAGAUAAGCUGAGCAGAGGACUUGGCCCCAGUCUGCAAAAUUUCAUUCUUUGAUCUUUUCAGAUGUCAUGGUCACUCCUUUGGACUCAAAAACAAAAAAACCAAACAGCAUUUCAAAAACUUGACUUUACUGGAAGGAUUCUAUAUAAAUCCCUCUGUUACCGAAAAUAAAGAUCACUGCCAGUGUAUCGAUGAGGCACUCCUACUUAUUAUAUUUCAAAACGCCAUUAUUUUCCUCACACAGACUGUUAUGCUUCCAUACAGUAAAAGGGAUUAUGUGCCUUGUGUCAUUGCUUUACAUGAGACAAUUUUUCACUGACUGAAACUAUUUACUGCAUUUUACAUAACAGGUCGCCUCCUGUAUGUCUGGACACAGGUCUUUGUAGCUAUGCAGUACAGUAGCUGCUGGGAGUUUUUCUUACUGAUGUUAUCAGAGAUUUCUUUGCAUUUAUCAUAAUUUAUGAUUUCACUACAUAUGUAUGUUGUUUCUAUGUUCUAUUUAUUUAUUCUUUUUAUUUUACAUAUUGUAAUUUGAUGGCCAUAUUGGUCCGUCACAUUUGGUUUGUCAUUUCUAUGAAAUGUGUCGUCACCAAGGUGCCAUAUUGUGGCCAAAUUUUUAAUAAAGUUUUACACACUUAUUUAAAAACAACUG